GAAAGUGAAAGAGAAUAAAAGGGAGGGAAUGUAGGAGGGAGAAACUGAGACGGAGACAGAGACAGAGGAAAGGAGAGACAAAGAGAGGGAGAAGAGAGAGAGGCACCCAGGGAGACAGAACGGAGCGAAGGAAGUAACGCUUGCUGGACUCGAUGCAUUCACUGCCGCCCGCCUGCGCGCACCCAGGGGCUGGGCGGGCAGUGCGUAUUGGUGCACAGGGCCACCGACCCUCCGACACGAGCCUCCCGCGCUGGCACCGCAUCUCCAGCCUCCCGGCCAUCACCUGCACGCCGAAAGCUGGUUUGGACUUCUUGAAAAAUCAUUUCACAAUGACCAGCCACACUUGCUACUAUAGCUCUUCUAGCCCACUGCAGUGACUUUUGCCAGGAGUGGAGUGGUGGCCCAGACAGCCUUGUCGCUCGUCAAUGCCACCCCUGGCAGGACCGGAGGAACAGUGGCGGCUAUGCCUCCCCCUGCCCCAGCCACCCCUUCCCCCCCGUGCUAACCUGCAUGGUGUGGGCACCCCAGGGGCCCUGGAGGGCUGACUGACUGAUCCUGCUUCACACCCCAAGAACAACGCCCCCGAGAUGUCGCUCCAGUGGCUGGUGGCCUGGAGCUGGUCGCUGGACGGCCUGAGGGACUGCAUCGCCACCGGCAUCCAGUCCGUGCGGGACUGCGACACCACCGCCGUGGUGACCGUGGCCUGCCUGCUGGUCCUGUUUGUGUGGUACUGCUACCACGUGGGCAGGGAACAGCCUCGGCCCUACGUCUCCGUCAACUCCCUCAUGCAGGGCGCAGAUGCCAACGGGCUGCAGAACGGGUACGUGUACUGCCAGUCGCCUGAGUGCGUGCGCUGUACCCACAACGAGGGCCUCAACCAGAAGCUCUACCACAACCUGCAGGAGUACGCCAAGCGCUACUCCUGGUCCGGCAUGGGCCGUAUCCACAAGGGCAUCCGCGAGCAGGGCCGCUACCUCAACAGCCGGCCCUCCAUCCAGAAGCCCGAGGUCUUCUUCCUGCCUGACCUCCCCACCACGCCGUAUUUCUCCCGGGAUGCCCAGAAACAUGACGUGGAGCUGCUGGAGCGGAACUUCCAGACCAUCCUGUGCGAGUUUGAGACCCUCUACAAAGCCUUCUCAAACUGCAGCCUGCCACAAGGAUGGAAAAUGAACAGCACCCCCAGUGGGGAGUGGUUCACCUUUUACUUGGUCAAUCAGGGGGUUUGCGUCCCCAGGAACUGCAGGAAGUGCCCACGGACGUACCGCUUGCUCGGAAGCCUUCGGACCUGUAUCGGGAACAAUGUUUUUGGGAACGCGUGCAUCUCUGUGCUGAGUCCUGGGGCUGUGAUAACGGAGCACUAUGGACCUACCAACAUCCGCAUACGCUGCCACUUAGGUCUGAAAACGCCAAGUGGCUGUGAGCUCGUGGUGGGGGGCGAGCCCCAGUGCUGGGCAGAAGGCCGCUGCCUCCUCUUUGAUGAUUCUUUCCUACACACGGCGUUCCACGAAGGCUCAGCGGAGGAUGGCCCUCGGGUGGUUUUCAUGGUGGAUUUGUGGCACCCAAACGUCGCAGCAGCCGAACGGCAGGCCCUUGACUUCAUCUUUGCUCCAGGACGAUGAGAACAAGUCCUGUGCUGGAGUUGGUGAGGGGCCGAGGCCCAGCCUGGGCAGACAGUGGUCCAGUCCAGGCCCCGCCCAGGUUCAGAAAUUUGCCUCCACAGAAAGCUCUUACUUGGCAUUUUCUACCGAAUCGGGUCCCUCUUUUUCUGGUUAUUGUAAAUGGAAAUUUUUCAGCUUGUAUUUCCUUAGAUUUUUUUUUUUUCUUCCUUCCCAUCAUUUGCUUCUGGGGUUCCUUUCUGGCCUAACUGCGCAUCUUCUGACUUUGUGACUAGAGUAGUCUGUGUUCUGUUGCUACCUUGUUUCUCUGGGCUCUGAAAUAGAGUCAUCAAACGGUUAUUUGUCUGAAUGUAAUAAUGUAAAAUUUCUUGUGGUCAUCUUAAAAAACAAAAAAAAACUACAGACCAGAGAGCUGGAGAAUAUGGCCUCUGCUGCUGUCCCAGGCAUACAGGGGACUGUCCAGCUGCCACAGGCAGGGACAAGUCUGCAAUCUCAGCUCUCAGCUAGCCUCAUUAGCAGGGUGGAGAGCUGCCAAACACAGGCAGAGGUAGCACACAGCUUCAGGGCCUGGUGAGAUGGUCACCAUCCUUAUCUCGCCCCAGACAGUGGCAGGCCCAUGACAGCAAAGAGCAUCUCGGCUGGUGGGACUGGAGGCUUUUUUGUAAACAUUAACUUUCCUACAAAGCUGAGGCUGGCGUCCCUGAGAGCCAGGGGGCUCCCACGGGCCAGCCGCAGAAAGGGUGAUUUGCUUACCUCACUGCCUACAGACGCCCUACUGCCAAACUGGCUCAGAAACUUCCCCGGUGUAGCUGUUUUGAGUCAACAGGGAUGAACUUUAAGGCCACCAGGUUGGCUGAUAGGCGCUGUGGUGGGAUAGGACAUCACUCAUCCAGUGAAAUUCUGGGAAGGCCUUUCUCUGGCAAAACUGGAAUCUUAGCGCUGACCAAAGUGUCUGUUUUGGUUUGGAAUUUUAUUUCCUAUGAUUUUCCAUUUACUUGUCCACAUACGAAUGUCUGAAUGCUGGACUCAGAGGUGGACACGUUGGCCCUGUGUCUUCACCAUUGCACAGGGGGUGUGCCGAGUGACUGUGACCUCAGCCGGCUUGUGUUAGGGAGGACACUGGGAAGACCUCCACGUCCAAAGGGCCAAGGUUAUAACAAAGUAAGGUCAUUUUGCUGGCUUUUUGAUCUAUGAAGGACGUACAGCUGUCUCCCAAAGGAAAAGGCCCAAAGGAGCCAGUUUGCCAGCCUCCUGUUAGCCCAUGUGUGAAAGCCUAGAGUACCACGUGUGAAAGAAAGCCUACUAGCGACGGCUUUUUUGAAUGAUGUAUUAUGGUCCAUCUCAUAAAGCCAAGGGCGUCAUGUAAUAGACAGCAUGUCACAUAUACAUGUCCAGUGUUUGUAUCCGACCAGAAACCAGCAGCUUCUCUGAGGAACAACUGGGAAGUAGACACAGUCUGAAACGGACCAGGUAGUUAUUUUACUAGCAAGUGUGCAAAAAAAAGUCUAAAUUUGAGUAAAAUUUAUACACAGAUAUUUUUCAGUGAUGAGAUUGCAGGAAAAGGCAGAAAUUUCCAACAUACCUGAAGUCUUCUACUCACUAGUAUCUUGUUAAAGAAUCAAUGAGGUGCAUGAUUUCUACACGUACUGACUUUUCCGCGUUUACAAACCAACAACUCACAAAGGUACCUGGCUACCUGUACUGAUGUGACCUGGUUGGGGAACAGAAGAUAAAUAAAGGAUCUUGCUGAAAACCUGA